UCUUACUGCGAUGAGUCGCUUUCGGCGCCAUCUUUUCGAAGGAUUGUGGAAGUCAGUGACUUUAAAAUGCCAAGAAACGGUCGAAGAAAGCGCUCUCUCAGCUCCGGAGAGGGAAGUUUAGUUUCUUACUAUUCGAAACAUCGAUGUAUUGACAAAGAACAUAGUCCUGUUUCUGACACUCGCCAUUAUAAACGUGGUAGUUCGACAGUUCGUUCUCGUGAGAGGAGACACAACCGUCAUUUGUCAAGAAAUCGAAGCCGCAGUACUAGACGAAGUGAUCGAAGGUUGAAGCGACAGAAGUAUCGCAAUGUUCCCUCUGAGGUUUCCACGAAGACAACUUGCGAGGAUGAUCCGAGUAGAGGCUUUUCAAGCGUCAUGGACGAUGAAGACGGUCACCUCAUUUAUCACCAGGGCGACUUGCUGCACUCCAGAUAUGAGAUUGGCACUCUGUUAGGGGAAGGAACAUUCGGCAAAGUCCUUGAUUGCCAUGACAGGAAAACCAAUACAUAUGUUGCAGUGAAAGUGAUAAAGAAUGUUGAGAAAUACAGGGAGGCUGCAAAGCUUGAAAUUAAAGUACUAGAGAAGAUCCAACAGAGAGACAGAAAUGGAAGGAGCCUGUGUGUUGUGCUACUCGAUUGGUUUAAUCACCAUGGACACAUGUGCCUUGUGUUUGAGAAGAUGGGCUUGAGUGUGUUUGACUUCAUGAAGGACAACAACUAUGAACCAUAUCCCCUGGAACAAGUCAGACAUAUUUCACAUCAACUUGUUGUUGCAGUCAAAUUUCUUCAUGAGAUGAAAAUGAGCCACACAGAUCUGAAACCAGAAAACAUGCUGUUUGUGAAUUCUGACUGCAAUGUUACCUACAAUGCAAGAAUGGUUUGUAUUUGAAAAUUUGUUUUGUUGCA